UUAAGUAUGCCUCAUGAGGACAAAGAACAAGAAGAGGAACAACGGGCUCGAACAGCCUAUGACCUGAUUCGCAUGCGAUUGGAUCGACUCGAAAAAAAUAUUGUAAUGCUUCCCAAGAAUUCCAAAACUAUUUCACUUUCAUGCAAAAAUUGUUCCAUGAAUCUUCAUUUGGAGGAUAAACCCGUUUCAAUCCCUCAACGUCGUGAUGCCCGUAAGCCUCGUCCACCACCAGAUUUUGUUCGCAAUGUUGUUGGCUCUUCCGCUGCAGCUGGUAGUGCCGAAUUCCACAUCUUUCGGAAUAAUCGAAAACGUGAAAUGGAUAGGUUGGAUUAUAUGAAUCAAAAGGCUUUACAAGAAGAGUUGGACGCUGAGUACAUUGCAAAACGGGAAAGGCAAAUCAAACAGGAGGAAGAGAAAACGGCCAAAAAACGGGCCAAGCGACAGCGACAUAAGGAAAAGAUGAAGCGGUUAAAAAAGAAGAAAAUCGUCAAUAAAGGCACUGAUGGAAGUGGUAGUGAAGAAGACAGUAGUGAUAGUGAUGGAAAUUCUCACGAAGAGUCGCGUUGUUGUGAAACGAAAUCGGAACAGCCAUCGGAAAAUGUGAGUGAGAGUUCGAAUGAUAACCGAAAGCAAUCGGAUGUUACCAAAACAAGCAAUGAGGUUAGAAGUUGCGAUGGUAUUGAGAAUGUUAAAGCGAAUGGAGUUGAAGAAGAGGAGUCAUUGCAUUCUUCUUGUGCUAUUGAACAGCAUUCCACUUGCACAGUUCAACAGCAUUCAGAUAAUAACCAAGAACUUUCGAGCAAAUGA